CUCUACCGGAAGAGGUGGUGGAGGGAGAGAGAGCGAGCGAGGCGAAGAAAAAUGUCGGCGGCGUCAUCGUCUCUGGAGCAGAAGCUGUCGCGGCUGCAGGAGCGGCUGAGGCAGGAGAAGCGCGAGGCGAAGCCGCAGAUCGACCUGAGCCUGGACCUGCCGGCCCAGCCGAGCCCGCGCCGCACCCGCCCCGUCAUUGUUGUUACCCUAGCUUCGCCCACUCGACAGCAAACGCAAGUGGGUCUCACCCUGCAGCCUCCGACCCAGACCUCCACCUAUCAGAGCGAUGGGCAGAGGCACCAACACACACCAACGCAGGGAGCACAACACACGACACACACGCACCAGUCCACACAGGCGUGUUUACAAGCCAGAGGGACAACGCACACCCACCACAGCGUGAACACAACACACACCUCGCCGACCACGCACACCUCGCACGCCACGCACACCACGCCUCCGGGGAACACGCAGCAUGGCACGGUCCCCAGGUUUCGACAGACACUGCAGCUACCUCCGUCAUCUUAUGGCUCGACCCCUCGGAGUUUAGAGAGUGUCGAAAUUGACCAGAAGCUGCAGGAGAUCAUGAAUCAGACCGGCUUCCUGACGCUGGAUGGGAAGCGCUACCGGGCUGAUAUCAGCGAGCUGGAAACCCUGGGUGAGAUGGGCAGCGGCACCUGCGGGCAAGUGUGGAAAAUGCGCUACAAACCAACGUCGCACAUCCUGGCCGUGAAGCAAAUGCGUCGCUCGGGCAACAAGGAUGAGAAUAAGCGGAUCCUCAUGGACCUGGACGUGGUGCUCAAGAGCCACGACUGCCCCUACAUCGUGCAGUGCCACGGCUCCUUCAUCACGAACACGGACGUUUUCAUUGCAAUGGAGCUGAUGGGGACCUGCGCAGAAAAAUUAAAAAAGCGGAUCCAAGGACCGAUACCGGAGAAUAUCCUGGGGAAAAUGACCGUUGCGAUAGUGAAGGCUCUCAGCUACCUCAAGGAGAAGCACGGAGUCAUCCACCGUGACGUAAAGCCUUCCAACAUCCUGCUCGACUCCAGGGGUCGCAUCAAGCUCUGCGACUUUGGUAUCAGCGGUCGCCUGGUGGACAGCAAAGCGAAGACCCGGGGCGCCGGCUGCGCUGCCUACAUGGCGCCUGAGAGAAUAGAUCCUCCGGACCCAACGCACCCUGACUAUGACAUCCGGGCGGACGUCUGGAGUCUGGGAAUCUCACUGGUGGAGCUGGCCACGGGGCAGUUCCCAUACCAGAACUGCAAGACAGAUUUCGAGGUGCUCACCAAGGUCCUUCAAGAAGACCCUCCGCUCCUGCCAAGCGACAUGGGCUUCUCACUUGACUUCCAGGCGUUCGUAAAGGACUGCCUUACGAAAGACCAUCGCAAACGGCCAAAGUACAACAAGCUCUUGGAGCACGCUUUCCUGCGGCGGUACGAGCGAGUGGAGGUGGACGUGGCCACGUGGUUCCGCGACGUCAUGGCCUCCACGGAGUCUCCGCGCGCGGCUCCAUCGCACGCGCAGCCCUUCUCCCUGCGAUAGACGACAACGGCCACUCCGGGCCCACUGCCAGCCAUGUAACCCUCCCCGCACGCGCACACCGCUCUCUCAGAUGCCGCCAUUCACACACUCUUGCUUCGGGCGGCGAGGCGACGCGGUGGUAACGCUUGUGCCUCAGCAGCGAGAAGGACCUGGGCUCGAUUCCCUGACUCGGGCGCCUUUCUGCGCGGAGGUUGUAUGUUCGCCUGCUCUGCAGAGUGAGUGGGUGAAUGAGUGUGUACGAGUGGAAAGGGGAGGAGAAAUACCUCAGCCCAGAUAACUCCAUGAGGCAAGGUGGGGAUGGACUUCCUGGGGCUGCAGUGCCUUAAAUAUUGGAGAAAGUAGCCACCCUCUGUGAGUGGCUGGCUGAUGUGCUGUCUGUUGAGGAAGUAUGAGGAGCGAUUCAUAGUCUUGAGAUGGGGAAAAACACUCGGAAGAGAUCAUCUCCAAAGCGAAAUGCUGAGAGAGGGUGGCGUCUGUAUGCAGACUGUCCUACAUCACAUCACAACUGUCUGGACCACAGGACGGGCUCCGCAGGAUUGUAAGGAUGCUAUUGUGGUCGCCAUUUAAAAGGGGGUGGACUGUACUGAUUGUAGCAACUACCGGGGCAUCUCCCUCCUGAGUGUGCUGGGAAAGGUCCUGGAAAGGACAAUUCAACAUCACGUUGCAAGGCACUCUGAAGGAAGGCAUGCGGAGCCCUAAUGUGGUUUCAGGCCAGGGCGGUCCUGCACAGAUGCCAUAUUCUAUGUCCAUGUGCUGUAGCAGAGGUGGAGAUACUUUCAACAGGACCUACAUCUCUGCUUUAUGACCUGGUCAAGGCCGAUGAUAUCAUCCAUAGGCCAGGGCUCUGGAUUAUUCUUUGUACUUUCGAUGUCCCUGACCUUCAUGGUGGUGGGUGGGCCCAGGUGAAUCUGCGUAACUGGGAGUCCGAGCCAUUCCUUGUUCACCUUGGAGGUGCGACAGGCAUAUCCAAUGGCUCCUACAUUAUUUAACAUCUCUUUUGACCACCUUGUUCGAGAAGCUUUCCAUGGCUUUUCUAAAGGAAUUUAAUCUAGUAAAAAUUCAAUGGGAGGCUGAUCGAUGCUUGGGUGCGGGUCAAGGGAUGGCUCCCUAUUGGUCAACCAUGCUACAUAUGCUUAUGAUCUUGUAAUUGCUGUUCAUCCUGAGAAGGAGUUGGAGACUGCUGUUGAACCUGGAGCAUUCACUAAAAUAUAGUGCCUUACUAUCAGAGAGAGUGGAGAAGUUUAUGUACCUGGACGUCAUGCUUAUGACCAGCUCCGGUUUGACAGCAGAGGUCUCACUCCCAAUCAGUCGAGUGGCAUCUUUUCAUCAGCUGCGCAAUGCUGUGUAGCUAAAUGGAUGCAGCACAGGCUAGAGAAGAGAUGAUGGGCUGAUGCGGUACAGGAGGAUGUGGAGUUGAUUGGUCUUGUCGAGGACUGGCACCAGCAGUGUCAAAAUCGGCCUCUGUGAAGGACGCUACUGGGCAGUUGGAGGCAGUUACCCUCCAACAACAGCGGAGGGCGGAGGAGUGACGCUCACAACAGAGCGCCGGGCAGAUAAAAAGCAACUUGGCACAGUAAGGGACACAGGUGGUGUAUCUGCCGGUCAUCUCAGUCAGUCAACCCAUGUGUACCUGGGUCUUUUUCCCGUGACUUGUCUGCAAGCCUUCGGCACUUCACGUGGCCUCAAAGCACACCUAGCCUGGCACAAGCAGUGGUGUCGUCACCACCACUUACUGGCGAAUGGCGGCUGUUGUUGUGCGGGGAACGGUAGCUCAGUGGUUAAUGCACUGGGCAACAACCCGAUAAAAAGAGUUCGAUUCCCGCUAACAUCCAAUAACUGUAGAAUAAUUUAACCGGUUCCUUAACCUCCCCUUGGUCGACUCAGGCUUAAAAAUGAGUACCUGGUGUGGUGGGUGAACAUCACCACUGGGGAGACAAAGACGGCCGAGCGUGGUGUUGGCCACCUACCCACCUCAUGUGCCGUUCCGGCCUUCAUAAGUGUGCACUAACAGCACUUGCCGUGACCGUCUGUUAAGGUUAUACAGGGAAUGUUUGUGCGAGUUUGUCUGUGUGCAUCAGUCUUUGUUUUCUCUGCAUUCUACGGUUUCCUCCCAUAAAGUAAACACACAAUGUAACUGGUAUUGGCCAAACAUUCCAUUGCUGAAAAAUUACCUGAAUUAACUACUCAGUUAGAAUUGCACAAAACAGCAUCAUCCUCUAAUGCACAGACUUAGCAAGGAACCUCUUGAAAAAGUGUCUUGAGACUAGGUGAGGCCCUUCUGAGUAAAUAACUGAAAUUAUUAAAAGAAAUAUUUUUGUUAGAUGUGUAUGUUGUACUCCACAGACUACAUGACCUUGUCAAACCUACAGCGUUCUCUGCAUAGCUUGGUAAUUUUGGUGGUAUCUGAUCAAAUCUCCUUCCCUGGUGCCUCUGCUCAUUAAAUUGUAUUGCAAAGCACUGAUAUAAAAUCUCCAGCCGCCAAAUUCUGUUUUGCAUUUACAUUUUCAAUGGUAAAUGUUGUGGUAGGUGGGAAAGCACGAGGAGAAGGUGGCAGCUUAAUCUUGCACAUGUGAUGAGGCAAAAAGAUUGUGCUGAGUGGGCCGUGCGCGCACCUCCGGUUAGCACGUUUGGCUACGUACGGUGC